CUCUUCUUCACUCACACACACUCCGUCCGGCGUCCGGCGCCUCGCUCUGUUUAUGUUCAAGCCAUUGAAACUAAAGAUUUCACAUGAAUGAAGAAUAUGCGGUGGACGAUCCAGGUAUUCCUGUAACCGAACCUGCUGACAACACAAGUAAUGACAAUGCCAACGUUCGUGUUACCAGAAGUGGGAAAAAGACAUUGCUAGACCACUUUCCAAAAACGUCUGAAAACAAUGCCAGUGCAAGUGAAAAUUCUGAAGAAACAAGUGCCAACGGUAGUGCACAGAAAGAAGACAGUAAUAGUUGCGAACUGCAGAAAGAACUAGAAAGUCUGUCAGAGGAGGAAAAGAAAAUAGUUCAUUCAUCAGGUUCCCUUGUGUGGCUUUAUUUUUUUAAGUCGACAACUAAUAAAGAAGAAGCUAUCUGCAAGCUGUGUAAAUCAGUAAGAAAAACUGGAGCUAGUGGUUCUACCAAAACACUUUCCAACCACUUAGAAAAUUCUCAUGUAAAAGAAUUCCAUAAAUUUACUAAACUGAGCACAAUUAAGAAGAAAUUACUGCAACUAACCAAGUCAAAGGUGGACCCACUCACUGAAUCUAAGAGCCAGCCUACUUUAUUAGAUUUGAAGGGAUCAUUUGGCUCCCUUCCUGCAAAAUCUCUACGGGCAAAAGAUAUUACCAAAGCUAUUGCCAUUUUUUUGUGUAAAGGGCUUCAUGCAUAUGAUACUGUUACGGAGGAAGGUUUUAAAUAUUUAAUUUGGAAAUUAGAACCAAAGUAUAAUAUUCCACACCGGACAACAUUUUCUAGGAGUAUUAUACCAAAACUCUAUGAAGAGGUUAGGUCUGCCCAAAUGCAGUACUUGAAAAAAGUUGUCAACACACUGGAGUCAAUCACAAUCACCACUGACUUGUGGUCCUCAAGGGCAAAGGAUCCAUUCAUAUCUUGUACAGUUCAAUUUUUUGAAAGUUCAGAAGAUUGUUUUGAAUUGGUACAUUUAUUAAUUGACUGCAGACCUUUUCCCCAUCCACACUCAGCAGAGAGAAUUUGUGAAGCUGCAUAUGAAAUGUUGGAAGACAUUAGUGUUGAUGCUGAAAAAGUAAAAGUGUACUUUGUUACAGACAAUGACUCCAAAAUGCUUUUAGCCUUACAGCAGCCCAGUGCUGCAAAAUCAGCUGAUCCAUCACAGCCAGAUAUUCUUCGGAGCCAAAGGCCAUGGAAGCAUAUCCCUUGCUUCGACCACACCUUGCAGCUGGCCAUUUCUGAUACGAGGAAGGAUAUUGGAGCAAACACUGUGAUAGAAAAAGUAAGUGCCAUAGUUAGCAGAUACAGCUACAGCACUCUUGCAAAACAGAAUCUUCAGAAGUUCCAGAAAGAAACAAACACAGUGGAACAUCAAAUGGUGAAAAAUGUUGCAACCAGGUGGAACUCUGAAUAUUUAAUGCUGUCCAGAUUUCUAGAGCAGAGGGCAGCAAUAACCCUCGAACUGAGUGAUUCAGGAGAAGACGGACUCACAUCACAGCAGUGGAAACUAAUUGAAGGGUAUGUGCAAGUUUUGAAACAUAUUGCUGAGUACACUGCUGAUCUUGGCAGUACAAAGCAACCUACAUUAUCAAUGGUAAAUUCAGUGCUUUUUGAAAUUAAAAAUACAUUAGAUGAAUUUUUAAGAAAGCCAUCAAAUAAGGGAAGUGGGAUUCAAUUUGCAAGAGCCCUGUUUAACAAUGUGAAGUUACGUUUCCCUGAUUGCAAAUAUAAGGACAAUGACCAGUACGUACUUGCAACAUUAUUGGAUCCUCGAUUCAAGGCCUUACUGAUGGAUGAAGAGGAAGCCCAAGAUAAAUUGGUUCGAGCAGCCCUAAAAAAGAAAAUGGAGAAAGGGGGUGAGUUUGUCUCUCCAUUGUCAAGUCCAGACAAAACAACUGAUGGCGAAUCAGCUCCCAAGAAAUCUAAAUGGAGUAAUUUGGGGAAACUUACCAAAUCAAAGGCUGAACAGCAUUCCGAUAACUCUGAUCUUCUAAGUAAAGAGGUGCAAAUUUACUUGUCUUUGCCAACGAUUGAUGUGGAGACUGGGGAUGCUAUCAAAUGGUGGAAGACAAACGGACAUUCUUUUCCCAACCUCCUACCACUGGCUUCAGAAUACCUGGGUAUUUGUGCCACUGAAGUUCCAUCUGAGAGAGUGUUCUCUGAUGGUGGCAAUACUGUGGGGCCCAAACGUACCUGUUUGCUGACAGAACAUGUCAGAGAAAUAGUGUUUUUGCAUGGAAAUUUAAAAAUUCCAAAAAUUUUCAAAAGCUUGUGAUAAAUGUUGCCAUUUUCAAUCCCUAGUCUAUGAUAACUUUGUCUCAUUAAGACAAAUUUAGUUUAAUUUCCUUUGAUCAAAAGACUAGUCUAAUUUAAUUACUAAAUAUUAUACUCCAAAGACAAGUCUAAUUACUCAAAUAUAUUCCAAAGACUAGUCUAAUUUAAUUACUUAAGUAUAGUCCAUUUUUAUAACUUUAUGAUGUUUCAAAGACUGGAUCUAUAAAGUAUUUGUUUUUUUUAUGUUAUGUGA